AUGCCAGGUACUAUAUCAUCUCAGCCACUGGCAUCACCACAGGUAUUCCAAGCUCCGAAGAGGCUUCUUGUUACCCUGGUCGAUAAGCUGGCCAAGACAUAUCCAAAACAACGGUUUGGCCUGAUUCCGAAUGGCACAGAGAUCGAAGAUGGCUUUCGGGAGAUCACCUUUUUGCAUCUUUCCCAAGCAGUCAAUGCUGCUUCGUGGUGGAUCUUGAAAAACAUGGGCGAGUCAAAAGACGGAGGCCGAUUUGCCUAUAUUGGAAACAAUGACAUUCGUUACAUCAUCCUGAUGCUGGCAGCUCACAAGACAAACUAUACGAUCGUCUUGCCUUCCACUCGGCUUUCAGAUGAAGCCUACGAACAUGUCCUCCGAGAGACUGAAUGUGAAUACCUUCUAUUCAGUCAUGAAAAAGAGUCUAUUUCGAACAGGCUGCGCAACCUGGAUUGGAAGAUGAAAUUCCUUGAAGUGCCCACUGCUAGCGACAUUCUGAGCGAUGAAGCUGGCAAUAACUACUAUGCUUUCUCCAAAACAUAUGACGAGAUGGUCAGCCAGGUUGCUUUAAUUAUCCAUAGCUCUGGAACUACUGGUAUGCCAAAGCCUGUUCCCUUAAACCACGGUUUCCUGGGGGCUGUAGACUUCAGUCCACAUCUUCCUCGUCCAGCAGGCCGCAACACUUCUUUCUUCAAUGAUCUUGUCUCGGAUGAUCAUAAAUCGCCCCAUCUUAUUCUUUCCAUGACGCCUUAUUUCCAUUUAAUGGGACUGCUUUCCUUCUGGGAGUCCAUCUUCCACAACAUUCCGUUUGUGGCCAGCCCAGAAAAGCUACUCUCAGUUGACUUUGUGAUCAACAUCGUUCGUCACACAAAACCAACUGCCACACUACUCCCUCCUUCUAUUCUGGAAGAUAUGAGUCAUUCUGAAGAUGGCCUGGCCUGUCUCAGCUCUAUGGAAUUUGUCUGCUAUGGUGGAGCGCCCCUUGCGCCAGAGGUCGGGAAGAAGCUCAUGAAAUAUACAAAAUUACGGUCUCCAAUCGGAUCGAGCGAAAUGGGUAUCCUCAGCUCGAUGGUCCCUGAGGGAGAAGAUGACUGGGGAUAUUUUGAGUGGAAUCCCCAUUACCAUAUUGACAUGCAGCCAAUUGGUGAUGGGCUGUAUGAGCUGGUGAUCCCACGUGUUGAGAACUCUCUGGUCAUCCAUAGUAUCUUCCACACCUUUCCCACCCUGAAGGAAUAUCGCUCCAAGGAUCUUUACGUCCCGCACCCAACAAAUCCUAAUUUGUGGAAAUAUCAUGGACGCUUUGAUGAUGUGAUCGUGCUGAGCAAUGGAGAAAAGCUCAAUCCCAUCUCAUUGGAAAAGAUGGUUGAGGGCCACCCUGCUGUUCACCGCGCUUUGGUAAUCGGCUCAGCCAGAUUCCAAACAUGUCUGUUGAUUGAGCCGGGCAUGGAAUACGAUCUCAAUACCAUUGACCACCAGGCCUUCAUUGAUGAUGUUUGGUCAGUGGUUGAAGCGGGCAAUGAAACUGUUCCUCGAUAUGGUCAGAUUUCGAAGAGCAUGGUCCGUCUGUCAUCGCGUGAAAAGCCCUUCAAGCUCACGCCCAAAGGCACAACACAACGACGGGCUGUCAACAACGACUAUUCCGAUGAGAUUGACCAUAUUUACGCUUGUCAGGAUAAGCAGCCGAUUGCUGAAUUACCUGAGAGUAUUACACCUGAAGGCAUUUAUGAUUUUCUUCAAUGCCUUGUUUCCUCGCUCACUGGUCAGAAAAAUCUUCAGGCUGAGGACGAUCUAUACAGUAUGGGACUUGAUUCGCUACAAGCGAUUCAGCUCAGCAAGACGCUGAAAACAUCCGUGUCCUCCUACAACUCUAGUCUGGACAUUUCAUCCCUCAGCGUGCAGGGUAUCUAUGGUCACCCUACUCUACAUGGUCUCACUAACCUCAUGCUGAGAGUUCUCGGCGAGAAGGAGUUCAAACCUGUGACGAAGCAGCGUGAGGAAAUCAUCUCACAGUUGAUUGCCAAGUACACCAGUAACUUGAGCGUGCAGAGUCCGUCUCAAUCGUCUGAGCGACCUGCACAGUCUACUUUCAUUCUUACUGGUUCAACUGGAUCUCUGGGCAGCUAUGUACUUUCAGAUCUCCUUUCCAACCCCUCAGUGGCAAAGGUCUACUGUUUCAACCGAAGCGAAGACGGUUUGCUACGUCAAACCCAAGGAUUCCAAGAGAAGGGACUUGAUGCAUCUCUGCUGAGUGACCUGAGCAGAGUGGAAUUCAUUUAUGCUCACUUUGGAGCUGAAAAGUUUGGUCUUGAUGCCACCAAAUUUCAGGAGCUACUCCAAUCUGUUGACUUGGUUAUCCAUAAUGCAUGGAAAGUGAACUUUAACCACCCAGUCUCGUCAUUCGAGGACCCGCAUCUCAAGGGCGUUCAUACUUUUGUCAACUUUUGUCUUGAAAGUCGUUUUGGCGCACACUUGGCAUUUAUCUCCUCCGUGAGCACGAUUGGAUCCUGGGUUCCACACGAUGGCCAAAACUCCGUUCCUGAAAUUCCUAUGGAGGAUGUCAAGUCAGCUCUUGAGCAGGGAUAUGGUGAAUCGAAGUUUGUGGGUGAAAGUAUCUGUGUGGAGGCUUCAAGGAAGGCUGGUUUAUCAACCAGUAUUCUCAGGGUAGGUCAGAUUGCUGGUCCAGACACACGGAUGGGAGUUUGGAACCCACAUGAGUGGAUUCCGACUUUGGUUAAAACGGCAAAGGCAACUGGAAAAGUGCCGACUGACCUUGGUGGUUACCCUAUUGACUGGAUCUCUGUGGAUUGCUUGGCUCGGAUUGUGAAUGAACUCCUUAUCGGCCGUCCUUCGUCUGCUGGAGGCUGCGUCAAUGUGUUCCACCUCGUGAACCCAUCACGUACCACUUGGGAUUCUCUUGUCCCAGCUAUUCAAGAGAGAUACUCUGUCAACCCGGUGUCACUCGCAGAAUGGGUGAAAGACCUGGCGAAGAUCCAAAAUCCGUCUGACCUGGAAGUCUCCGAGAAACCAGCUCUGAAACUUCUUUCUUUCUACCAGGCCUUGGCUGAAUCAGAUGUGUUAUCUACUGAGAUUAGCGUUGAGCAGUGCAAGAAGGCAAGCAAGACCAUGGCAACUCUUGAGCCGGUUUCCCAAGCCCAAAUGUCGAAUUGGAUAUCACAGUGGGACUUUUAG